AAAUGUGCGUAUUUUGAAUCGAGCGUUACUAGACUGUUUUGAAAACGGACAGACUCGUUAAUGUCAAUAGUUUCCUCAUAUCAUCAGUAUGAUGCCAAUUUCCCUAUAAAUAGAAAUGUCAGGAGCUUUUGCACAAAAUAACUCUAGAUACGUAAUCGCUCAAGAAGCAACAAGUGUCAAACGUCUUUUAGAUGAGAAUGAACACAUCAUAGAGUUAGUGUCUGAUCUUACUAGAAAAGGUCGAUUCCGAGAGUCGGUUCAACUUCAGACUGUUCUUCAACGCAAUUUAGUUUACCUUGUAUCGUUAGUUGAUCAAAAUAACUUGGCAUCACAUCAAUCAGUUGAUACUGCUUCUCAAUAACACUGCUAUGCUAUCAUAAACUCAUCUCUCCUUUUUUUUUAUCUUCUGCUAAUUUUGUCACAAGAUCUUGUGUAUUUCAAAAUAAAUGGUGCAUUCUCCUGUGUACCACAGAAAUCGAUAUUUGUCCUUUUUUUCCAAUCUUUUUACCAGAUAACCACCUAGAGAUCUCAAUUCAUGUUUUUCAAUGUCAUAUAAACGCUUCACACUUUUACAUUUUUAAUAUUUUGCUUGAAAACCUAAGAAUAAUCUUAUUUAUCAAGUUGGUUUAGGCAUCUCAAUGAUUAAUCUCUGUUUCUAUUUAUUGGGGUAGACAAUAUUUUAAUUGUAUUUAGUUUAUUUUUUAUUGAUUUGUAUUUCAAUAAUCAUGUACUUGUGUUUAUUUGUGUGGUUAGUAGCUCUAGCUUUUUGUGUCCAAUGUUAUUAACAGAUUAUUGGUUUAUCAAAUUAUAAAUAUUUUUUUUGAACAACUUGUGGGAUUAUAU